CUGCCCCAUCCCCUCCGCAGGGAUUGCCCAGGUGCUUUUUGGGCUGGGGAGCGUUUCCCUUCCAGAGCUUUCCCCGCCGCAUCUUCAUCCUCCUCCUCCUCCUCGCCCUCCCCAGCUGCCAGUGGUGUUUGUCCCAUCCCUGCGCAUCCCGGGGGAGAACAGCCGGUCCGGUGGUCCCGGGGCUGGGGCAGCUCCAGCUCCCCCCAAACUCUGCCAUUUGCUGCCUUCUGGGCUCGCUGCUCCCCGUCUCAGGCAAGGAAUUAGGAGUAGGGGAAUUAAGGAUAGAGCUCCCUGGAGCCCCUUGCCCUGCCAGUUCCUGCUCCUGCCGCGGAUGAAAGCGUGAAGGCCGAGCUGACCAGAAGGGACUCUUGAGUAGCUGCUAAGAUGGGCAUGAGGAUCAAGCUGCACAGCACCAACCACCCCAACAACCUGCUGAAGGAACUCAACAAGUGCCGGCUCUCCGAGACCAUGUGCGACGUCACCAUCCUGGUGGGCUCCCGCUCCUUUGCCGCGCACAAGGCCGUGCUGGCCUGCGCCGCCGGCUACUUCCAGAACCUCUUCCUCAACACGGGGCUGGACGCUGCCAGGACCUACGUGGUGGAUUUCAUCACGCCAGCCAACUUCGAGAAGAUCCUGAGCUUUGUGUACACCUCGGAGCUCUUCACCGACCUCAUCAACGUGGGCGUCAUCUACGAGGUGGCGGAGAGGCUGGGCAUGGAGGAUCUGCUGCAGGCCUGUCACUCCACCUUCCCCGACCUGGAGAGCUCGGCCAUCACCAAGCAGCCUGCCCUGGCUGUGGGGGAAGGCCGGGCUGGGGCUCUGAGCAGCACCUCCUCGGAGCAGAGCCACUCCUUGGGGGACAUGCGGAGCGGCGCGGAGCACUUCGGCCCCGAGCGGAGUUACCUCCUGCACGGGGACGUGGCGGGCAGCUACAAAGAGGAUGACAGGAAUCCUGUGGGGGAGGCCAGCCAGGCUCUUCCCCUGAUGCACCCACAGCAGCCUCCCAAGACAGAGCAGGAGUCGGAUCCGGGGCAGUUCGCUCCGGUCACGGGUCUGGGGGCCCAGCCCGGUGGGAAUGUCAUGGCACAGACCACCGGCAGCUCCUGCCCUCAGUACAAGCCCCAGAGCAACGGCGACUACGGCAAGGGCGGCUUCUUCCCCACUGACCCCUCCCUGGAUGUCUCCACGGGGAGCAAUUCCUGCCCCAGCAACAGCGACCACUCCAAAGAGCAGGGAUUCGAGCAGAUGGAUGAGCUCCAGCUGGAGGAUUUGGGGGAGGCAGAGCUGCAUUUUGAGGAUGCUGGAGAAGAGCUGGUCCCGUCUGAGGAAGUGAUUGAGCUGAGUGAUGACAGCGAGGAGGAGCUGGCCUUUGAGAGCGACAGCCGGGACAGCAAGGCCAUGCCCUGCCAGGUGUGCAAGAAGGUGCUGGAGCCCAACAUCCAGCUGAUCCGCCAGCACGCCAGGGACCACGUCGACCUGCUCACCGGGAACUGCAAAGUCUGCGAGACACACUUCCAGGACCGCAACUCCAGGGUCACUCACGUGCUGUCCCACAUCGGCAUCUUCCUCUUCUCCUGCGACAUGUGCGAGACCAAGUUCUUCACCCAGUGGCAGCUGACGCUGCACCGGCGGGACGGGGUCUUCGACAACAACGUCAUUGUCCACCCCAGUGACCCCCUGCCGGGGAAAGUGGCCGUGUUUGGGGGAGGGCCCGGCCCCGAGCUGGCCUGCGCUGCCUGCGGGAAGCCCUUGGCCAAAGAUUUCCACUCGGUCCGGAACCACCUGCUGGAGCACGUGAACCUGAAGAGCCAAACGUGCGGCGUGUGCGACCAGCGGCACCUGAGCCUCUGCAGCCUGAUGUGGCACACCCUGUCCCACCUGGGCAUCUCCGUCUUCUCCUGCUCCGUGUGCGCCAGCAGCUUCGUGGACCGGCAGCUCCUGGAGAAGCACCUGGCCGUGCACCAGCACGUGGAGGAGGCUCUUUUCCAGUGCCACUUCUGCAGCCAGAGCUUCAAGCUGGAAGCUGCCUAUCGCUACCACGUCAGCCAGCACAAGUGUGGGGGCAGCCUGGACAUCCGGGCGGGAUUCGGGGAGCGCCUGCAGCCUCAGGGGCUGCCCAAGAGGAAACUGCCCGAGGAGUUCCUGAGCGAAGAGCUGGCGCUGCAGAGCCAGCCGGGGAACAGCAAGUACAGCUGCAAGGUGUGCGGCAAGAGGUUCGCCCACACCAGCGAGUUCAACUACCACCGGCGCAUCCACACCGGGGAGAAGCCGUACCAGUGCAAGGUGUGCCACAAGUUCUUCCGCGGGCGCUCCACCAUCAAGUGCCACCUGCGGACGCACUCGGGGGCUCUGAUGUAUCGCUGCACCGUGUGUGGCCACUACAGCUCCACGCUCAACCUCAUGAGCAAGCACAUAGGGGUGCACAAGGGCAGCCUCCCGCCGGACUUCACCAUCGAACAGACUUUCAUGUACAUCAUCCAUUCCAAAGAGGCCGAGAAAAACACGGAUAGCUGAUGGGGCAGGGCCGGCGGAGGAGCGAGUGUUAACGAUGGAAGCUGUGGAGGAAAACAAAAAAGAAAAGAAAAAAAGGAAAAUAGUUUUGUUUUAUUUAAUGGUCAGGCGUCAUGGAUGGGAUUCUUUUUUGGUUUUGGUUUAAUUUUUUUUUUUUUUUUUUUUGGUUUUUGGGGCCUUCCUAGGGCUUUUUAGAUUGGUGGCGUUGUACAAAUUAACAGCACGUGAGGUACAUCACUGUUUCAAGGAGUCUGUCGUGUUUACUUACCUCUAGUCCUGUUAGAGGCCAUCGAGUUCUGUGCUUUUAGCAUUUCUCACUAGUUUUUGAGUCUAGAUUCUGGGGUUUUUUUUUUGAACCUUUUAGCCCACUUGACCAGGCUACCCCUGAGCUUGUCCACAAACUGAUGCUGCUAAGAUUUUCACACCUGACCUCAGUGGAGAGGGGCAGAGCCAGAGCAGGUGCUGGACUCGAAGGAAAGGAACAAAAGAGAAGGAAAGAAGGAAGGAAAAAAAAAAAAAGACAUUCUGGGCAUCCUCGGUGUUCUGCUGCUACUGCCAGGAGACGGGCAAAGCGUGCUCUGGGAUCACCGUGCGCUGCUGGGGAGAGGAGCAGCAAGCACCUGAGUGUGUAAACAAGGAGGAAUCCCAGCAGGGAAGCAGGAGCAGGGGAUUUGCAGGCUCCCAGGCCGUGUUUUCUCUGCCGUGGCUGGGACUCAGCCGUGCCCUGGAGAGCCGGAGGAGGAGAUGAAGGAGCCGCACGACCUCCGGGCGUGAGCACGGGGAUCUCCCGCAGGACUGGAGAGGGAGGGGAAGCAGGUCCGUGCUCCCUGGGAGGGGAUUUGUGGUGGCCACGGAGAGCCAGGAGUCUCCUGGUUCCGCUCUGCCCCAGCCUCAUGGCAGACGAGUCAGGAUGAAGCUGUUGCCUUAACUCCCUGGAAGGAGGAGGGACCCUUCUCCUGCCAAAGGGAUCCCCACGCCCCGGAUCGCCGCAUCCCGGACGUGUUCCGGCGGCAAAUGUGUGUGCUUGGAGUGAUGUGAGUUUGUUCAUGGACUGGGAGUGAUGGCUUGGCCUCUCCAGCUGUGUGCUGGGCACUUCUGGGGGCUCUCCUGGCUGUGGGGGGCUCCCCUGGGUGUGGGGGGCUCUCCUGGGCAUGAGUGGCUCUCCCCCUCUAUGUUUCGGUACCCCUUGUGCAGGAGGCUCUCCUGGGCACAGGGAGCUCUCCUGGGCACAGGGAGCUCUCCUGGGCACAGGGAUCUCUCUCUUGGCCCUGUGUCAGGUCCACCUCAGCAUGGGGGGCUCUCCUGGCCACUCCUGGGAGUGGGACUCCUCUCCUGGCCACUCCUGGGGGUCUCUCCUGGCCACCCUGGCGAGGUCAGCUGGUGCCAACAGCAUUAACACUGGGAAGGGCGUGGAUUGUCUCCUCCCUGUGUUAUCCUGCUGUGGGGCAGAGGUGGGGAGGAACAGGUAUUUCUGAGCUGGGACUGCCCUUGGGUAACUCAUUCUACCUCACAAACAAGGAAGUGCUCGGGGCUCUCCAGCCUCGGUGGUCGUGGAUCGGCUCCUGCGCUUCUGUCAAGUUUUGCUGUUACAAAACAAAACUAAACUAAACUAAACUAGUGAUUUGCAAACCCUGGAAACUCAGCCCACUGCCCCCUCCCUGGGAAGGGACACCCGGGAAGGGCCGUCCUGCAGUGGGGCUGGACUCAGAGAGCUCAGAGCACCCGGGGGUCUCUUCUGGCUCCGCCGUGGCCUUGGGCAAGUCACUUCACCUCUUUGCCUCAGUUUCCUCAUCUGUAAAAUGAGGGUGGUACCUCCCGUGGUACCGACCUACCUCCGGGAGCGGGGAGGGGGCCUGGAGCCUGGCUUUGGAGGAGGGGAGGCACCAGAGCCAGGGUCUGCUCUGGGUUGGCCUGGUAGCUCUGAGUUCUGAGCUCUGGCCUCGUGGUCCUGGCAUCACUGUGGAGCUGUGGUGAGCUGUGUUAGGUUUUACAGGAGAAAGGGUAAUUUUGGGAAUGGUGUGGUGCUCUGGGAAGUGUGGGAGCUGGUUAGGGCACUUCUCUGUGGGCUCCUCUGAGCUGCUCUCUGCGUUCCAGGGUUUCUGUUUGGAAUGGUGGGAUGGAUGAGGCUGGAAGGGACCGUCCCAGUCCCACCCCCUGCUCGUGCAGGGUCCCCUCGGGAGCAGAACUCAGGGCUGUGCCUGGCUGGGGACAGGGACAGGGACAGGGAUGGGCACUGCUCUGGAGGUGGCUGUGAAGGGUGUGAGGGAUAGACAAGGCUGGGAGAGCCUUGAGACCCUCCUGGAAUGUUCCAGAAGCCAUGGUGAGCUUCAGGGAGGGUCUGCAGCCCCGGAUCUCGAUAAGCUGAAAAGCAAAAGCCUUUUGUGCACAUAAACCAAAAAGAGAAGUUUUUACACCGAAACACCAAUGGGCACAGCCAGCCCUCACUCCUGGCCCUGGGGGGAAAGCAGGGGCUCCCCCCUUGCUGCUGAUGCAGGGAAUUUCUGUUUCCCUGGAUUAAAACAGAUCAUUCCCACAUGGAACAUCCCGAAAUCAGCAGUGGAGGGGCUGCAGGGGUGGGUCUGGACCUGCUGCUGCUGCUCCUGGGGGGUGAUUCCCAGAGGGGUCAGAGACCUGAGUGCUCCCCCCAGGGAGGUUCUGGGUGUUCCUGAGCCUUCAGGGUUGGCAGGGAUGUCAUCCCUGUCCCCAUGUCCGGCCAGCCUGGCUGGGAGCUCCAGUUCAGUGCUGGGAGAGCCAGAGCAGUCGCUCCGUGCUGGAUUUUGCUCCUUUUCCACCACCAUGGGCAAACCUGGCUCUCUCCUGUCCCCACUGCCCUUGGUGACUGUGGGGACACCGACCUACCUCCCCUGGGGCAGCCUGAGGUGUUUGCAAAGUGCUUUGGUAACCUGGGGUAGGAGAGGGAGUUACAGAGGGGAAUUUCUGGCAGCGUCCAGGUCACAGUCCAGACAGGGAAUCCCCUCUGAGGGCCCUGCUCUGAGCCCAGGCUCACCCCCAUCCCCAACACAAAAUUCACUUUUCCCUCAGUGGAUCCAGGUCUCUCAUCAGAGUAACUGAGCAGAAAUAAAAAAAACAAGAGUUGAACUUGCUGUCUAACCUUUUUGUUAAGUUAAUCGUAGGUACUGACCUCCUGCUAUUUAAGUGUUUACUAUCUAUUUGCUGUAAAGUUUUGUAUAUUUUGUAAACUUUCCUCCCCAAAUCGUAGAUGUCUAAAAUCGUUGUACAUCGGGUUCUUUUCUACUCCAUUGUUCAGCACAAAGUGUGUUUUUUAUUUAGAAUAAUAAAAUGGAAAACAUUGA